AUCAUACCCUUUUAAAAAAAUUCUGAGCUCUGAAAAAUGAGGAAGUUUAACCCAAUCCAGUUCCCAAAACCUUCAUCACUUUGGAAGCUUAUUUCGUGAUCAAGUUUGGGUUUUAGGAAGUGGCGACCUAACAUGAGAAUGGCGGAAGCCCAAAUUAGCAGCCCAAAACCCAAAGCACGUCUGGGAAACGUUUAACUCAGUGCAUCCUACCUAAUCAAUCAAUCAAUCCUCCAUUUCCUAAGCUUCAGCCGCCUCCGUGAUUCUUCUUAUCAAUCAUUUCCAUGAAUGGAUCCUCCACCAUCGCCACCGUCAGAACCUCCACGAUGAGAACGCCGGCGGCUAUUAUGAAACAUGUUGAGUCCUUCCAUUUUCGCUGCUUCCUCCUCACCAAACCCUUCUCGUCAUUCCCUUCAUCUCUUCCUAUAGACCCUGAGCCACCCGAUCACGAUCUCCCUUUGCUCCUUCACUCCAUUCUCUCCAAACCCAAUUGGCAAAAGCACCCUUCCCUCCCUAAACUCCUCCCUUCCAUUUCCCCUUCCCAUGUCCAUUCCCUCUUCUCCCUCAACCCUUAUCUUCUCCCCCAAACUGCUCUCGAUUUCUCCUAUUGGAUCUCCCAGAAACCCACUUUCAAACACUCUGUUUAUUCCUAUUCCGCCCUUUUGAACAUCCUUGUUGCUUACAAGUUCUUCGGCCCUGCUGACAAAAUCCGCCUCGCCAUGAUCAAAUCCUCCGCUUCCAUCCACGAAUCCCGGUUCGUUUUUGAAUUACUAAUGGAAAUGAAUAAGAACGAACAACUUCAUUCCUGUUUUAAGCUUUCCCUUAGAUCCUACAAUUUUUUGUUGAUGUCGUUAUCGAAAUUCUUGAUGAUUGAUGAAAUGAAAUCCGUUUAUAGUGAGAUGUUGAACGAUAGGGUUUCACCCAAUAUUUUUACUUGGAAUACUAUGGUCAAUGGUUAUUGUAAGAUUGGGAAUGUGGUUGAGGCUCAACGCUAUGUCACUAAAAUCGUCCAAGCGGGAUUAAAUCCCGAUACCUUUACUUAUACUUCGUUAAUAUUGGGGCAUUGCAGGAAUAAGGAUUUAGAUAGCGCCUUUAGGAUUUUUAGAAUGAUGCCAAGUAAGGGUUGUCGAAGAAAUGAGGUUUCUUAUACGAAUCUUAUUCACGGUCUAUGUGAGGCUGAACGGGUUGAUGAGGCUAUUAAGUUGUUUGAGGCGAUGGGGGAGGAUUUUUGUUAUCCUACAGUUCGUACAUACACUGUGAUUAUUUUUGGAUUGUGUGAAACCGGGAGGAAGUCAGAAGGAAUAAAAUUGUUCGAGGAAAUGUCACAGAAAGGGUGUGAGCCGAAUGCUCAUACUUAUACAGUAAUCAUUGAUAGCUUAUGUAAAGACAAUAAGGUUGAUGAGGCAAGGGAAAUGGUAGGUAGGAUGUUAGAGAAAGGGCUGGUUCCAAGUGUGGUCACCUACAAUGCUUUGAUUGAUGGAUACUGCAAACAUGGGGCAAUGGAGGCUGCAUUGGAAGUUUUGGGUAUGAUGGAGUCUAAUAAUUGUUUUCCUAAUGAGCGAACCUAUAAUGAAUUGAUAGCUGGGUUUUGUAAGAAGAAUGUCCACAAGGCAAUGGCAUUUCUUGAUAAGAUGCUUGAACUUAAGCUGGUUCCUAAUGUGGUCACAUAUAAUUCAUUAAUUCAUGGGCAAUGUAAAAUGGGGCAGUUGGAUAAUGCCUUUAGGCUGCUUGAGAUGAUGAAGAAGAAUGGUUUGGUUCCUGACCAAUGGACUUACAGUGUUCUUAUUGACUCUCUUUGUAAAGUUGAUAGAAUAGAAGAAGCUCGUAAUCUCUUUGACUCUCUCAAGGAGAAAAGCUUAAAAGCAAAUGAAGUUAUAUAUACUGCUUUGAUUGAUGGAUACUGCAAGGUUGGAAAAAUUGAAGAUGCUAAUUAUUUGCUUGAUAGAAUGAUUAAUCAGGGCUGCUGGCCGAACUCAUGCACUUACAAUGCCAUUAUAGAUGGGUUGUGCAACAUGAAAAAUAUGAAGGAAGCAUUGUCGACGGUGAAAAAGAUGGCAGGGAUGGGUGUGAAGCCUACAGUAGAUACCUAUACAAUUCUCAUCAAAUGGAUGCUUAAAGAAGGUGACUUCGAUCGUGCGCAUGGGACUCUUGAUCAACUAAUUUCCUCAGGAUGUCAACCUGAUGUAUUAACCUAUACUGCUUUUAUUCAUGCAUAUUGUGGUGUAGGGAGACUAAAAGAAGCAGAGGAUAUGAUGAUUAGGAUGAAGGAAGGAGGAGUUUUUCCUGAUUCUUUGACAUACACAUUACUUCUAGAUGCAUAUGGAUGCUUGGGAUUGAUGCAUUCUGCAUUUGAUGUUCUCAAAUGUAUGUUUGAUGCUGGCUGUGAGCCUUCUCAUCAUACAUACUCUAUUUUAUUCAAGUAUCUGUUGAAGGACCGAAGGACAAAGGAUGACAGCCCUGCAGUGAAUUUGGUUUCAAAUGGCAUGUUGUUUGAUCAUGCUGAUGUCUGGAAGUCAAUGGAAUUUGACACUGCUCUGGAGUUGUUUGAGAAAAUGCGUCAGCAUGGUUGUGUACCCAAUGCUAACACUUACGGCAAGCUUAUUAUAGGACUUUGCAAAGUUGGGCGCUUUGUUGUAGUACAGAAGUUAUUUGAUCAUAUGAGAGAUCAAGGAAUAUCUCCUGGUGAAGAUGCCUACAACUCUCUUCUUAAUUGUUUCUGUGAGUUGGGAAUGUAUGAUGAUGCUAUGAUAGUGGUGGACCUAAUGAUCAAAUCUAGCCAGUUUCCCUAUCUGGACUCCUACAGGCAACUGAUUUGUGGACUAUAUGAUCAAGGGGAUAAGGAGAAGGUUGAUACACUUUUUGCCAACUUGCUUCGUUGUGGUUAUAGUAGUGAUGAAGUAGCUUGGAAGAUUCUUAUUGAUGGUUUACUGAAAAAGGGGCUUGCUGAUAGAUGCAGUGAACUCUUAAGCAUCAUGGAAAAAAUGGGCUGCCAGCUCCACCCUAAUACAUAUUCAUUGUUAAUUGAAGGAAUUGAUGGAGCGUAGAUUCUUUGUAUUUUAUCUUUUGAGAUUCUUGCAUUUUUGUUACUGAAGGGGGCCAUUGCAUUGCUCUUCCUCCUAUAUGGGUGCUAGUGAUGUACAGAUUGAAAACUGCAUUCCUUUCCACAUGCAGUCUCAAUACAUAAAGCCUGGGGAACUUGUUUAAAUUGAAGCAUUUUUACGAGGCUGGAACUGAGGGAGCAGUUUUUCAUUGAGAAGCUCACACAUCCCUGAAUUCCUGGAUGCGGUAGUGGUAAUGGCCCCUCAUCAUGCAAACCACUCUAGCUGGCAAUCUAGAGAAUAAUGCAUUCAAGGGUAUGAAAGAAGCAAGCAUUUUACUCAGAAAAAUGGGCAAGUCCUCCACAAGACGAGGAUAAUUAUGCUCAACAGAAAGCAUUGCCUGUUCACAAGAGCUGGAAUGCAAUGAAAUCAGACACCAAACUGAAACAAAGGUGGCACCACAACUGGUACUCACUGAUAAAACCUCGAUUUCAAUUAUAUCCCAAAAGCUCCCUCCUUGAUUUUGUUAUCUAGAUUAGAGGUUUCUAGCCGCCGAACUCUAACAUAAUAAAAAAAGAUUAUGUACAGUGAUAAUGCCAUUGAAGGUGAAGCACAUAGAUCAUGAAAAUCUAUGGGGAGUGUUUAAGGUUGAUCGUAGUGUUUGGAACAAUUAAUCCAAUUUUGUUUUUGGGAAA